GCAUAAUUUUCAGCAAGUCCCACCAGCUGCUGGCACUGGGGCCCUCCUGUGAUCUGAACACCAUAAUGUAGCCUAUGCUCUCAUAUUGCACGUACCCUUAUGCAGUGAAGAAUGCGAGACCUAACAGCUCAGGUAACGAGCAGUCUGCUGCAGUUUCCAGAGGUGACUGUUGAGGCACUUAAGGAAGCUGAGACCACCCUAGAUUCUGGGCUGUGUGGGAAGUUUUCUGGAGGCAGAAGUGGCCUGGCGUGGCUGGCGUGUGGUCCUCAGCUGGAGGUCGUGAGCUCUGUGACAGGAGAGCGGCUCUCUGCGUAUCGUUUCAGCGGAGUCAAUGAGCAGCCUCCCACUGUUCGUGUGGUAAAGGAGUUUUCAUGGCAGAAGAGAACUGGGCUCCUGGUUGGGUUGGAAGAAGCCGAGGGAAGUGUUCUGUGUCUGUACGACCUUGGAAUCUCCCGAGUGGUUAAAGCAGUUGUUCUUCCAGGCAGGGUAACUGCAAUAGAACCCAUAAGCAAUGACGGAGGAGCCAGUGUGAGCACUCGACACCUACACCAGAGUCUGCGAUGGCUUUUUGGAGUGGCAGCAGUGGCUACAGAUGUUGGUCGUGUCCUUCUGGUUGACCUUUGUUUGGAUGAUUUAUCUUGCAGUCAGAAUGAAGUAGAAGCAUCAGAUCUAGAAGUUGUCACUAGAAUUCCUGCUGAAAUUCCACAAAGAAGAGAAGCUGUGACCAGAGAAGGGAGGCAUCUCUGUUUUCAAUUACGAAGUCCUUCAGGAAUAGCAGUGUCAACCCUGAGCUACAUAAGCAGAAGCAAUCAACUCAUUGUGGGUUUUUCUGAUGGCUACCUGUCACUGGGAAAUAUGAGAACUUUGAAGAGGGCGCACUACACUAGGCUUGCAGGAGGAAGGAUUCCUGUCUGUGCUCUUACUUUUCAAGAGCCUGAGAGUGAUCUUUGCAAUUGUUGCUACUUGUGGGCUGUUCAGUCUACACAACAAAGUGAAGGGAAUGCUCUGAGUUUACAUCUGUUGCAGUUAGCAUUUGGUGACAGAAAAUGCCUGGCAUCUGGACAAGUCAUGUAUGAGGAUUUUAAAUACUGUGUUAAACUGUACAGUUUAGAUCUUACUGGUGGAAUUUUUCCCUUGAGAGGGCAGAUCAGCAAUACUAAAUUCCUCAGCUUUCAGACCAUAGAAAAAUUUUGCAACCAUGUUGACAAAGAGGACAGCGUUAAUGAAGUAAUCUCUCCUGACACCAGUGUAUCAAUCUUCAGUUGGCAAGUGAAUACAUAUGGUCAGGGAAAACCAUCUACUUAUUUGGGUGUAUUUGACAUCAAUCGCUGGUAUCAUGCUCAAAUGCCAGACUCACUGAGACCAGAAGAAUUCCUUCACGAUUGCCCCUAUUUUGCAUUGUGGUCACUGGAUGCUGUAAUAAGCAUGACUUCUCCAAACCUCCUUUUGGAUAUUCUGGUACAUGAGCGGAGUUUAAGUCGGGGAGUUCCUCCUUCUUAUCCACCACCUGAGCAGUUUUUUAAUCCAAGCACCUAUAACUUUGAUGUUACGUGCUUGCUGAACUCAGGAGUCGUUCACAUGACUUGCACCAGCUUCCAGAAAGAGACCUUGAAGUCUUUGAAGAAAUCUGGCCCGCUAACAAGUGUAGCCAUUCAUGACAGCUACAGCAGAUGUCUCGUAGGUGGCUCGCUGUCUCCAAGACUGGUUGAUGUCCAGCCAUCCAGUUUGAGUCAGGCAAGUGAGGAGCAGUUGGAAGCAGUAUUGUCAGCUGCUGUCCAGACAGGUUCUUUAGAACUUCUGACUGGAUGCAUCAAACACUGGACUUGUGAGGAGCAGCCAAGUUCUGCUGUUAAUUUACGGUUUGUUCUUGAGUGGACAUGGAACAAAGUAAUCUGUACAAAAGAUGAACUGGACCAAAUAUGUGUUCCGCUGUUUGACGGCUCCUGCAACUUCAUUGACCCCCAGACAUUACAGUCCCUUCAGCACUGCCAGUUGCUCUUGAGCAGCCUUAGCACAGUCUUAAACUGUUUUCUGACAGAAGCACGAGAGCUUACUGAGAAAGGUUUUACAGACUUGACAAAUAAGCAGCUGGUAACUAGCCUCAUUUCUUUGUAUGCACAAGUGGUCAUCUGGUUCUGUCGAUCCAGUCUCCCUCCUGAGGAUCUAGAUGACCAUGUGCAUUUGUCUAGACCUUUCUACAAUUAUCCUUUGAUUCAGAGCUACUAUACUGGUCACCGACAGAAACUUGAGCGUUUAUCAAGAGGAAAAUGGGAUUCUGACUGCUUGAUGAUUGAUGGAAUGGUUUCCCAGUUAGGAGACCAAGUUGAGAAGUUGUGGCAGAGAGAUGAAGGAGGAACUGGGAAAUACCCACCUGCUAGUUUACAUGCACUGCUGGAUCUCUAUUUGCUGGAAAGUGUUGAAGAAAGUGACAAACAUGCAAUUACAAUUUACUUGCUGUUGGAUAUCAUGCAUACCUCUCCGAAUAAAACAGAAAGUGUAAUUGACUCUUUUCUAAAUGCCUUUGCUAUCCCUUGGGGUCUCAUUAAACUUAUUCAAGGGUUUUGGCUUCUAGAUCACAGUGAUUACGAAAAUUCACUGGCCCUGCUCUUCCACCCAGCUACAAUCAAAACUGUGCCGUGGCAACACACGAGAAUUAUUCAGUCCCUCAUGUGCCAAGGAGAGCACAGGCGAGCCCUCAGGUACAUCCAGAUGAUGAAGCCAUCCAUGUCAAGCAGUAGCGAAGUGCGGCUUUUCCUCACUGUACUGUUGUCCAAUAGGUGCAUGGUGGAGGCUUGGGGUCUGUUGCAGCAACAUACCACUAAAUUAAAUGUAGAAGAGCUGUUAAAGCACAUGUAUGAAAUCUGUCAGGAGAUGGGGCUAAUGGAAGAUUUACUGAAGCUGCCGUUCACAGACACUGAAAAAGAGUGUCUGGAGAAGUUUUUACAGACCAAUGCUGGUGUUCAGAAUCACGAAUUCCUUCUAGUCCACCAUCUGCAGCGUGCCAACUAUAUCCCUGCACUGCAGCUGAAUCAGUCAAUGAAGGUUAAUCUUAUGAAUAAUCGUGAUCCUCGCUUGAGAGAGAGAGCAGUUGCCAGAAAUUCUCUACUAGACCAAUAUAGUAAAAUCCUUCCUACAGUUCAAAGGAAGCUGGCUGUAGAGAGAACCAAGCCUUACCGUGUGCCUUCAUCGCUCUUAAGAGAAGUCCCAAGGCCAAAGGCAUUAUCAGCAGUAACACGACAGGCUAAUGCAGGAAAUGUGCACACACGAGCAACUUUCAUCGGUAAAGUAUUGUCCAAAUUUAGAGAAGUAUGGUUGGGAAAUGAGCAGAAAACAGGUAUCUCACAAUAUUACAGAUUGCUGGAUUUGGUGGUUCGUCCUGUUCCUUCCUGUUCUGCGGCACAGGAUGAAAGCUGGCAGACACUGUGCAGAGCUUCUACUUCUUUUGUGGUAUCCAGCCCACUGAAAUCAAAGACACAUCGCUCUAGCUCACAAAAGAAUUCUCCAGGAGCAUCAAAGCUGAAUUUACUGGAGACUCCUCUUGUGGCUAAGGUUAUUGAAGACAGUGCAGUGAAGGCAUAAAAGCUUAAGAAGCAGCACCUAAACCACCAUUAUAUGGUGAACUACAUCCAUAAGGCAAUCUUCAAUACAGCUAUGAUUCUAUAAAGCAUCAGUUUUUAUGUGGCUUGCCUGAUAAUAAAAAUGGUGAAUGUGA